AAUGAAUGUCUGUAUGUGUGUAUAAACAAAGUUUAAAAACAACAGUAUAACAUUGAUAUGAUACUAUAGUAUAUUAUGGCGAGGAUAGCUACAACAGACCUACAACAAGUCACACACUUCAUUCAACUUCAUCCCCUGUGGUUAUUGAUAUAGUGUGUUAAUGACCAACUACAGUGCAGACAAGUGGACCUUACAGGCCUAUGAGAAGGACAAAAUAAACACACACAUAACUUCCUUGUUCUACCGUGAUAUAUUUAUCAGCCCACUUAUUCUGAAAAAUGUCAAAGCUAAAUGAAGGAGUGUGAUCUUGUUUCUUCUCUUGUCAGUGUAAUAGUUCCACAGAAGAAAUGGAAAUAGCGGUGAUACACUUCAUCAUCGUGAUGGCCAUGUCAGGUUUGACCAAAGGAGCUGGUGUGCUGCCAGACGGUCCUCUGAACGUAGCUGUGGGAGAGACAGUGAUGUUCAACACAACUCUGACUACACCAGAACAAACAUUUUUAACAGUGAGGUGGAAAUUUGGUGAGAAGAAUAUAUUCGAUUACAAUGUCAAUUUUGGCCACAUCACUGAUCCGGAGUACGAGGGCAGGAUCACUUUCUUCAUAUCUACUGCAUCUCUGGAGCUCAGGAACGUGACUCCUAAUGACAGUGGACAGUACAAAGUUAUCAUUGUUGAAGGUGAUGGACAAAUACUGGAUAAGUUCACAAAACUGGACGUACAUGUUCCAGUUUCUGGUGUCACGGCAACAGCCAGCAGCAGGGACUUGGUGGAGGACACCUCUGUCCUUCUGUCCUGCUCCUCCUCUGGAUCCUCUCUGUCUUUCCUCUGGCUCAACGGCAGCUCUGAGCUUACAGCCGGUGACAGAGUUCAGCUCACUGACGGAGGCGCAAAUGUCACAAUUAAUGUGACGCGCUACGACCAGGGAACGUUCUGGUGUCGUGUGUCCAACCCUGUCAGUGAAGCCAUGAGUGUUCUAAACAAAUUGGUUCUCAGCUGCUUUCUGCCCAAAGAGGUUGUGAAGCUUUGA